GCUUCUCACACCGCAUCAUGGCUGCAUCCAAUGCGGCCGCGCGAUACCGAGCCGUCUCCCUGCUCUGCUACGGGGCUCCGCUCUCCCUGAGCCGGCUGCUUCUGCUCCUCUGCGCCUGCUCGCUGCUGCCAGCCCCGGCGCUCGGGUUGCUCGGCUUUCGACCAGAGGAGACCGGGACGGAGCUGUCCGUGGAGGACGGGGUGCUGAAAGCCACCGAGGGGACUCGCUUCAUACUUCGGGUCUACUAUUCCACCUCCUCGCAGAAGCUCAAUCGUGCUCGUGCCAACAAUGCCGCGCCCUGGAUCGCCUUCAUCGAAGAGCCAACUCCCGGUAGAGAGGGGCAAGUUCACCCGAAGCGAAACAUGUGCAUGGACAAGAACGCCAGCACCUCCGACAUCGAGGUUUUGGGCUCUUUCAAGUCUGCUUCCAGUCAGAACUCGGUGCUGGUGGAGCUGCUGGCCAAAGACCUGCGGAGAGGGGAGAAGAUUAAAUAUUAUUCCAUGUGCGCCUUUGACGGAUCCAAAUGGGAACACUACCGGACUAAAGAUUUUUGGGUGGCCGUGAAGGAGCGCUCAGCAGUGCCGGAGCUCUGGCUGCAAGUGCUGGUCUCCGUCCUCCUGCUCGGGCUGUCAGCUCUGUUCAGCGGGCUGAACUUGAGCCUGCUGGCGCUCGAUCCAGUGGAGCUACAGGUCCUCCAGAACAGCGGCACCGACACCGAACAGAACUACGCGCGGAAAAUCGAGUCUGUGCGUCGGCAUGGUAACUAUGUCCUGUGCACUCUACUGCUGGGGAACGCGAUCAUCAACGCCUCGCUCGCCGUGUGGAUGUGCCAGAUCCUGGGCAUGACCUGGCUCUCCACGGUCAUUUGCGCCUUCGGGAUCUUCUUCAUCGGGGAGAUUCUUCCACACUCGGUCGCAUCGCGCCACGGCCUGGCCAUCGCAUCCAAAACCAUCUGGGUGACACGGCUGCUCAUGGUUCUCUCCUUCCCCAUCUCAUACCCCAUCAGCAAGCUGCUGGACCUCAUCUUAAACCAGGAGAUCUCCAACUUCUACACCAGAGAGAAACUCUUGGAAAUGUUGCGAGUCACCGACCCGUACCACGACUUGGUAAAAGAAGAGCUCAACAUCAUACAGGGAGCACUAGAACUGCGCACCAAAACUGUUGAGGACGUCCUGACUCCGCUGACCGACUGCUACAUGCUGGCCUCGGACGCGGUGCUGGACUUCAACACCAUGUCCGAGAUCAUGCAGAGCGGAUACACGAGGAUUCCGGUAUUUGAGAACGAGAGAUCCAAUAUCGUGGACAUUCUGUUUGUGAAGGACCUGGCGUUUGUGGACCCGGACGACUGCACCCCCCUGAAGACCAUCACCCAGUUCUACAAACACCCGUUGCACUGCGUCUUUAACGACACUAAACUGGACGCCAUGCUGGAGGAGUUCAAGAAAGGGAAGUCCCACCUCGCCAUCGUGCAGCGUGUUAACAACGAGGGUGAGGGUGACCCUUUCUACGAGGUGAUGGGCAUCGUGACCCUGGAGGAUGUCAUUGAGGAAAUCAUCAAGUCAGAGAUCUUGGAUGAGACAGAUCUCUACACUGAUAAUCGCACAAAGCGUCGUGUUUCUCAUCAUGAGCGAAAGCAGCAGGACUUCUCCAUCUUCAAACUGUCAGAAAAUGAGAUGAAAGUGAAGAUUUCCCCCCAGCUUCUCCUGGCAACACAUCGUUUCCUCUCCACAGAAGUGGAGCCCUUCAAACCAACACACAUCUCAGAGAAGAUCUUAUUGAGGCUCAUCAAACACCCCAGUGUGGUUCAAGAACUCAAGUUUGAUGAGAAGAACAAACGAGCCUCUCAGCAUUUCCUGUUCCAGCGCAACAAGCCAGUGGACUAUUUCAUCCUAGUGCUACAGGGUCGAGUUGAAGUAGAGUUUGGUAAGGAGGCACUGAAGUUCGAGAAUGGAGCGUUCUCUUAUUUCGGGGUCCCGGCCAUCAUGCCAGCAGUCCACAGAUCGCCCUCUCGUAGCAGCGGUUUGGACCGCUCUGAGUCGAUGCUCUAUGGGGGAAGUAUGAGCCAGCUGAAUGGAGGGGGGAAUGUCUACCUGCCAGACUACUCUGUAAGGCAGCUCACUCACCUUCAGCUCAUCAAGAUCACCCGGAGUCACUACCAGAAUGCAGUAACAGCUACCCGGAUGGACAGCUCCCCUCAGACCCCUGAUGCUGACACCCGUCUGACAGAAAGCAACUCCCCGACCCCCGGGCCUCCAGCACCAGAGCCCACCACCACCACACUGAUGCCCCCAGACCACACUACUGCCACCCUUAUGCCCCCACCCAGGGAGCCAAGUCGGCCCAGUUCAGCCCGAACCCGGGGACAGCAGUCCAGUGUGCCACACAGCACCUCCCUGCUGAAUGAGAAGAACCGCAUUGUCCGUAGCAAGUCUGAUGGCCAGAAGAGUCCGAGUGAUUCGGUGUUUCUGAGGAUGGAUGAGAUCCCCUACAUCAGAGAGGACAGAUGUGAGCCUGACAUGGCCUCUGUUCCCAUAGAAACGGACACAUCCCCUUUCAUCAGCAGCCUGUCGCUGAGUGGUUCAGAGGACACACUGGGCAAGAAACUGCUGCUCAAACUAAGCCACAAGAAGAGGAAAAAAUCUCGUGAAGGGGAAAAAACACCAGAGGACAUUUCAGAGCAGCCGCUGGUGAAAACCUAGCAGAGUGUGUGUGAAACAGCCCAGAAUACACUCCAUCAUGUGAUGGUUCUUUAAGCUGUUUGUAAAGACAAAUGUGGCUGCUGAAUUACAGCUCUCAGAGUUUUAUCUGAAAACACACUCCAAAAGCCCGCACUGUUGGAGACCGUAAAGUGGGCCAGUUUCCAAGAAUGCACAGAACCUGUGGGUGGAAGACACCAUCCUAACAAAAAGCGGGGGUGCAGCUUUAGCAACAUGCACCAAACCCUUCGCUCUUUGAUUCACUGUAUCAAAGAACACAAGCUUCAGCUCUAUGCCAUGGCUUCUCAUCUCCAGGUUCUUGUGUGGAUGCACAUGUGUAAAGAAAAGACUGUGAAUGUAAAAGAUUUAUAGAAAAAUAGGGGUUUUUUUUACUCACGUAAGACCACUUCUUCAAUGGAGCUAAAGACACUGAUGUUGCUCGGGAAACAGAGGGAAGACACCAAAGAUGUUGCUGUUUUGUACGUACUGCUCCAAAUGCACAAGUGAAAUUAUAGUAAAGGUUCUUUUAGAGGCAGCCUGAUUAGCACCCUUUAAAUAAUAAUUAGAGUUUCAGCCUACAGUGCAGAAAUACUAUCUAUUUGCAUUCUAUUUGUUAACACCUGCAUUUUAUAUACUGCAAAUGAAAUAUGCACGCAUUUUCCACCAGUUGCUCACAAAAUGUGGUCACACUGAGAAAUAGUGAAAUAGCAUACAGCGAUUCCUGAUGGUAUGGAGGCCUAGAAGUGCCAACAGAAAGAAAGAAAGAAAGAAAUGAAAACAUCAGUGCCCAGCAUUGCUGAUGCUUGUGUGGUGUAGGCUAUUACAGCAGUGAAUUCACAUCCAUAGGGAUGAAUGCCAUGUACGAAUAUAAUGUAAACCUUUCGAUGUGCCCACGUGUUUCUACCCAUGCGGUGAAUCGAUUCAGUAGAUGAAGACAAAUAUAUGGUUAUGAUAAUAUAUUUUUCAACUGCAUGUGGGUAUUACGAUUGGAGCUCUAAACCUCCUGUUCAUUUUAUUCAUCACUGAGUCUGAGAAUCAUUUAAGUGUCUGUAAAACGUGGGCUGGAGACAAAUCUCCUGUUGAAUGUCAAACACAAAGUCAUUCCCUGUCUUGCUGAAAGCGAUUAGCUUAGCUUGGCCUAAAUCCUGGAGUCUGGCGCAAUUUGCUUUAAGCGGCUAAAAUCAGCGUUUUGUUGUGGUAACAAUAAAACAUCCCAUGCAGAGGUGUUAGCAAAGGGCUAGUGAGCAUUUAGUUGGUAGACACUACGGCCAAAAAAUGGCCACCAUGAUGUCAUCUAUUUGUUAGAGAAGUCUCAUUGUUGGGGGUUAUGCGGGUUUCAUGGAUGCCAUGUUUUAAACUCAUGGCUCAGAACAUCAGGAAAGUGUUAUUUUGGAAAUAAUCCAGCAUUGAAAUAUUGUUCUGCUCUGAUAUUUGCUACAUGUGCUGCAGGCAGUGCUGAGUGUAUGAGAAACUGUGGCUGCUGAGCCACAGAGCCAAAGAGGAUGUAAUGAUUAUAUAACUCUCCUUAAACGUUGUUAGCGGAGGUGGUGGUGCGGUCUUUAAAAGGCUCUGUUUGUUUUUCUUUUUCCUUCAUGUAUCCACCUACAGUUCAUACGACAGCAGUGCUGAAAACUCCCAGUGCCAGUUUGUGGAUGACAUCAUCGCUUGAAAUCAUGCUCCUUCUCGGUUUUGAUUGUUGAGACAUGUCGCUUUUUUGAUCACUUUUGUGAAGUAUAAUAUCCUGCAACUCUUAUUGUGUAGGAAAAAGAUUCAGUAAUAAUGUCUGACGGCCCAAAUCAUUCAGGUUUUUGGUGAUCUGUGAAGAGCUGCCUCUGAACCUGCGCUUUCUGUUUGUCUGCAUGGUACAGCAGGGAUGGGAUGGGAGGGUGUGGCACUGUCACUGAGGUUCAGGAUCAGAUUUGUGCCACUGCAGCAUAGACCUGGAGCAGGAGGAGGAGGAGCAGAAGGAGGAGGAAGAAAUGUGAAAAGAAGGAAAAUGCACUUAAAGGCCUAAAAUUUGACUCGCCGAUACAGUUUUGUUUCCUGACUGAAGCCACUUUGCUGCAUUACUUUGUAAAAUGUUAUCGUGCUGCGUCAUCUGCACUUAAAAACUCUACUUGCAUAAUUGGUUGGAGGGGAGGAUUAAAGACCUUGAUUUGUUUAAAGUGAAUUUUGAAAGACAGUCAACAAAUUAGUGAGAAGCAUUAGCAUCAAACAGCCUCGCCCAGCAGUACAAACACAUAUUUAGGAACUAGUGGGAGGGGUGCUUUUCAACUCUGCUCAUUGGUUAAUGUAACAGGAGGCCAGGCAGAGAGAAACAUCCCUCCUGAGUACAAUACAUGAAACCUGCUGAAUCAUUUUGCUGCAUUGGGGCACCAGCCUCAGCCAAUCAGCAGCAUCCUUUGAGGUCAAAUCCAGACAAUAACAGAUUCUGCUGCAGGACGUUGUUGAUUUGUUAGGUCGGUUCAUGCUUCCUGCUGUACAUCUAUUUGAGCUUCGGAGAUCAGGAUGCGCUCAUAACAUGUCUGAGAUCAGUUCUGUAUAUUCACUAUUUCUGCUAUGAGACAAGGUAAUGUCAGCUGAUGAGUGCAAAUUUGUUUUCAGCUGUUUUCACUGUACUUUCUAACAGAAGGAGCCGAGCUGCAGACAUGUACAGACAGCAUUUCCUUGGAAAUAUGAGAGUUUAGUACUUGUAAAAUAGAAAAGCAACUAUGUGAUGUUUUUUGUAUCAGAAUAUACAAAAAUACAGAGUUCCACAAAAUACUGAAUUUUAACAGUCUGAUGUGUUUAUUUUAUAUUAAAGACAAAUCUGGUGAUGAUA